CCACAUGAUGCUGCAAUUGAAAAUGCAGUGAGAGGUCUUCUCAGCUGCAUCCAAAACUGUAAAAAAUCCAAUGCGGAGAGGCCUAGCAGUUCUCUAAGGCCCAUGGAAUCUCCUGGAACUAGCAGUUCCGUCAACAACCCUGUUCAUCGGGAAAUGCAAAGAUCUUUUCCAGCAAUAUAUGCUGGAAGCCGUAAAAGAAAGGCACCUGAACCUCCAAGAUCAACUUCUAAAGUAAUAGAACUCCAGUUCUGCCUGCAGCCAGAGAACUCCGAUAGGACACCAAAAGACGAAACCAUGCUCCUGCAAGCGGGCUUAGGAAGGAGAACUGUACAUGUUAAUGACGAUGCUGAUCACACUGAGAUAACCAGAGUUCUGCUUGAGGAAUACCCUAAAUUGAGAAAUUUGCGUGGCGGUUGGCUUCUCCAAAAAGCUGCAGGAGGCAGUGGACAAAGGAAGACUACUCCACUGGUCCAUGGUUCCCAGGGCUACACAGCAAAAAUAUUGAAGUCCUCCUCAAACAAUGGAAAGAACAUCAUCUAUAUUGUCCCCCUUCAAGAAAAGAUCGACACAACCCCCUUGCCAUAUGAUUCACCGGAGUUUCAGAAUAUGCCAAAAAAUGACUGCAUGACCUGUGGCACAUCAGUUCCUCUUCAGUUGCUGCCUUUCCACAUUGAAUCCUGUCAGUGUCAUGAUAAUAAUUUUGAACUUGUGGCAGAAGAGGAGAAAGACCAGGAACCAGAUGUUAUUUGUGUGGAUUCUUGCCCAAUAUGUGGAGAGCAAUUUGCUGCUGAGGCGAUGGCCCUCCAUGCAAGUUCAUGUGGGGAAAGUUUUCCUCUGAAUUCCAUAAUGGCGGCUGCAUCUGAAAACAGCACUUCAGCACCAGAGGUUUCCACAAGCAGUGUCACUGAAAGCAGCCUUGCUAGCCCAUCCAGUUAUGGGUACUUAACACCUGGCACAUCACAAACCUCAGGGCCAGUACCUGCAAUAUCUGACGCCUGGAAGAGGGUUGAAGUUCCAGAGAGGGCAGCGAUACUAUACAGAAGGCAUUUGCUUCAGGAAAAAGAGGAUGAACCAACACUGAAAGUAAGAACUGACAUGAGAGAGGACGUUGAAGAUCAGGAGGGAAGACUAAUCAGCUUUUACAAGGUUUAUAAAGUAGAUUGGGCCAGACCACUCCAUUGCAGAUUGGAAGGUAACUACAUUUUACAAAUAUAUUGUACCUAAAGUAAUAUGUAGUUGCUUCAAUUGACAAGUAACAAUAGUAUUUGUUUUAUAGGUGAUGUAGCAACUGGAG